GAAUUCAUUCGAUCAACAUGCUCAAACUCGAGUUCGUGCCGGCCGCCGGUGACAAGCUCGUGCUCAAGCUCUCUCCUCCGCCGCCGCUUGCUGACAAGCAGGCGUCUCUGGCGGACAACACGACCGUCAUCGACUCCGGCGGAGGCAACGCCGUCGGCAUCCCCUCCGAGCCCGUCUCGCUCAAGGAUGGCAUCGACACCGGCACCGGCGGCACCGGCACCGCCAGCACCGGCACCGGCAACGUCCCGUCCGAGAGCGAGCCCGGCCCGCUCAAGGACGGCAUUGACGCGGGCGGCGGCAACAUCGCGGGCGAGCUUUCGCCGAUGACGUCCUCCGCGAAGGUCGGAAUCGUGCCGGCUGACGACGGCCGCAUCACGCUCGUCAUCUCCGCGUCGGUGUCGCCUUCGCUCCCCGGAGCCGAGGCGUGCGGCGUCAAGAACGUCAACAUCUCCGUCGCAAAGUCUGGCCCGGAGGGCGUCGUCAAGAAGGACCCGGCCGCGGAGAAGGCGCCCGACGCGGGCGCGGUCGACUCGGACAAGGCCGAGGCCAUGUCCGCCGCCCACGCGCCGAGC